AUGCCUUCGCAUAUUCUAAGAUGUAUUCAUUCAAAAAAUCGAAAUUGUUUUCUUGGUAUUAAUCCACGUACAUUCAAUAGCAAUGUUCGAAAUGCAUUAGAUUUUAAAGUAUCUAUAGUAAAAUUAAAUAUGGGAGAUAAUCAAUACAUGUAUUUUUCAACAUUUGCCGAUUAUACAUUGACUGAAGGACAAUUUUCAAUCAAUGGAUUUUUUGCAAUGAAAAUAAAUAUUCAAAAAGAUCAAUUUUAUGAAAUUGACGAACAAAAUGAAUCUAUUGAUUGUCAAAGUGUCAUAUUUAGUCCAGUAUCUGUUGAUGAUUGGGAAAUUCUACAAAAUAAUACUGAAAUGACUGAAGAAGUUUUUCUUAAUCAAAUACGAAUAUUAUCUUUAAAUAUGAUUUUUCCAAUAUGGAUAUCAGGUUUAUGUAUUCUUCUUCGAGUUGUACAAAUUGAACCAAAUGAUAAUAUCGAUUUUUCUAUGAUUAGUUCAUCUACUCGCGUAACAGUUAUACCAGAAUUUCGUGAUCAAUCAAUUGUUCAACCUGAACAAAUUCCUUCUCUUCCUUCGGAUGCUUUUAUUGAACCAUCAAAAUCAUUGAAAAGUGUAAUUCGAUCAAUUGGAAAAUUUGUUUAUUCAUCAUUACCUAAUUCUCCUAUGAUAUCAUUCAGUGAACCGAAAAAAACAUCUUCUGAUCUACAAUCAAAAUCAAAACUUGCAUUAGUACCUGGUCGUCAUCGACGAAUCUUUCGUGUUGAAAUUGAUGAAGCAACAUCAAUUAAUCCAACAAUUGCACGUAUUAAUCGUUCUGAUUGGUCAUCCGAUGAUGAUGAUGGUACGGGUUGGCCAAAUAUAUUUGUUGCUAAAAUAACUGUCUAUCGAUCAAGUAAAGAAAUUAAAUCUUUAACAUCAGAUACAUUACCUGAACAUAUACCAAAAACUUAUUUUCUUUUGAUUCAAUUAACAAAUGAUAAUAAUUGUCGUUCAAAACAUAUUAAAUUAAAUCAUUCAUUUGCUUCAUUAAAUUGUAUUCAUUCAACAGAUAAAAUAAUUGUUUGUAAUACAACACGAAGACCAAGAAAUCGAACAAGAAUUGAAUUUAUUUCUAAUCAAUGCAAUGAACCAAUACUUCUACUUCAACAUUAUUUUCGUGUUUGGAUUCGACAAUGUUUAAAUAAUGAUCAACCUAUUUUAAUUACUCAUGAGUGUUUUGUUAAACUUAAUAAUAUUAUUUAUCAAAUUCAUUUGAGUGCUGAAGAUGAACCAAUAAUAAGUGAUAGUCCAAUUUAUAUAGAAAUAAAUGAAGAAACAAUUGGACAACAUACAUUUGCACUUGAAGAAAAAAAAGAAUGGAAAUUUAAUGAAAUUGAAGCAUAUCGUUCAAAAUUAAUCGUUGAAAGUUUUAUUGAUCAACAAGAACAAUCUUUAGCAUUAACAAAUAAUAUUGAUCGUCUUUUACAAAUUCUUGAAUUACAAUUACAAAUUGAUAUAAAGAAAUCUUCUUGGAAUGAUUAUUUAUUGAAAAAUGUUAUAAUUACAGGUCGAAGUGGUAGUGGAAAGAAAACAAUUGUUGGUGAAUGUUGCCAACGUUUAUGGAAUAAACAUUUAAUUUAUUAUAAACUUGUUGAUUGUCUUAGUUUUAAAGGUAGAAAACUUGAUAAUAUAGUAACAUCAUUUUCUCAAACAAUUGAUGAAAUGAUCUUUCGUCAACCAUCCAUAUUAAUUCUUGAUCAUUUUGAUGAUUUAUUUCCUAAUGAAACAACAAUUACCGAUGCAAAUAUUAUAUUAGCUACACAAAAAUUAUCACUUUCUAUACGUGAAUUAUUUAAUCGUACUCAACAAAUUCAUAAACAAUUUAUUAUUAUUCCUAUUGUAAAACAAAUAACUAAUAUUCAUCGACAAUUUACUGAGGAAACACCUUUAUUUGCUUCACAAAUAUUGACGAUUGAACCAUUGAAUAUUAUUCAACGAACAUCAAUUAUUAAACAAUUAAUUGAAAAUAAAAAACAAACUAUAUCGGAUACACUUUUACAUUCUAUUGUCAAUCGAACUGAAUCAUUUGUAAUUAAAGAUUUAUAUACAUUAAUUGAUAAUGCUUUAUUACAUUCGUGGAUGAGUUUUGAAGAUAGACAGUUAUCAAAUAUUGAUUUUGAUUAUGCAUUUGAUGAAUUCAAACCUAUUAGUGUUAAAUUACUUGAUGAUGAUAAAAAGAAAACUAGUCAAACAACAUUACAUUGGUCGGAUAUAGGUGGUAUGGUUGAUCUUAAACAAGAACUUAUUCAAACAGUUCAAUGGCGUUUUGAACAUUCAAAUUAUUUUGCAAAUGCACCUAUACGAUUAAUAUCUGGUGUUCUUCUCUAUGGUCCAUCUGGUUGUGGUAAAACUCUUCUUGCUCAAACAUUAGCAAACGAAUGUAAAGUCAAUUUCAUACAAGUUAAAGGUCCAGAAUUAUUAAAUAAAUAUGUUGGAUCAAGUGAACAAAAUAUUCGAGAUUUAUUUAAUCGAGCACGAUCAGUUACACCGUGUAUUAUUCUAUUUGAUGAAUUUGAAGCUCUUGUACCACGACGUGGUCGAGAUUCUGCUGGUGUUACUGAUCGAGUUGUCAAUCAAUUAUUAACUGAAUUAGAUGGUGUUGAAAGUCUUGGAGAUAUUGUUGUUAUUGCUGCAACAUCUCGGCCGGAUUUAAUUGAUCCAGCUUUAUUACGUCCAGGUCGUUUAGAUAAACAUUUAUAUGUUGGUUUUCCAUCGAAAUUAGAUAUAAUAUCAAUAUUAAAAAUUUGGACAAAAAAAAUUCAAUUAGCAAAUAAUAUUAAAUUCGAAGACGAAACAUUUUUGUCACAUUGUGAAAUGUAUACUGGUGCGGAUAUAAAAGCAUUGGUUUAUAAUGCUCAAUUAGCUGCAUUUGAUGAAUAUCAAUCUAAACAAUCCAUAAUUAUUCAUAAACAUCAUUUAAUGUCAGCUAUUAAACAAACACCUUAUUCAAUACCAGUACAUAUGCGUAAUGCCAAUGAACAUUUUUAUCAAAAUUGGAGAAAACCUAUUGCAAUCGAUCGGCAAACGACAUCUUUAGCUUGA